AUUUAAAAACAUUAAACCCUCAUCGGUGGUAGGGGACGCCAACCAUUCCAGCCCCAUUUGUGCGAGAAAGGAGCCGUACAAAGCAAGUGCUGUCACAGAAAGCACGGAUCUUGUUAAUAUCCAACAAUUAUACAAAGGACAGACAUUUGUUUACAACCCAGGAACAAGAAAUUAGUGUUUAAUCGAAAAGGCCAAUUUGCAUACUAGUUGUUUGCUUUAUUUUGAUAACGAUUUUUCGUUUUGUUUACAUGAUAUGACUUUGCUAUUGUUAUUGUACCGAAAUUGUUUCACUUCUCUUUUUCAGGUGGGUGAAAUAUUCACUGCUGCUGGUCAGGCCUUUAGUCGUUUAGGCGAUUUAACUAUGCAAUUACAUCCAAAUGCAGAAUCGCCAGCAGGAAAAUGGACAGAUGAAGAAAUUGAUAUGUUACAUGCAUCAAUAAUCCGUUUCUCAGAUGAUUUAAAUAAAAUCAGUUUAAGCAUAAAGAAUAGAACAGUAACGCAAAUUAGGCAAGCUUUGAAGAAGAAGGCUUUUGAAGAUGCCGGCAUACCUGCGAAACAAGUACCAGUGCAACAAGUACAAACGACAGUGGCAGUACAGCAACAGCAACAGCAUCAGGCGACUCAUCAGAUACUGAAGCAUCAUAUUGUGCAGCAACAACAGCAAAUAACACAGCAGCAAACAGUUAUCGGUACGGGUAUAAUAAAUGCCCAGCAGACACAGGCGCAGCAGUCACAGCAACAGCAUCAUCAUCAACAACAGCCACAACAACAGCAGCCGCCGCAGCAGCAACAUCAUCAGACGACGCAGCCACAAACGGUGCAUAUACAAAAUAUUCAACAUAUUGUACCUUUGCAACAGCUACUGCAACAACAGCACUCCUCCACGACCUCCACUCCCACACAAAUUAUACAAACAGCUCCGAAGCAAAUCAUAAUACAGGCAUCGCCGCAUAGUGGAGCGACCUCAUCGGCAAUGGGAGGCGCAACUAAUAUUGUGUCGCUUAGCAAUGCAACAACAACGGCUAAUCUAGUGGCAGCGAAUUCACCUCAGCUGACACAGCCUCAAAUAGUCCAUUUGCAACCUCAGCAACUGCAGCAAUUACAACAAGCCCAGGCACAUCAUACGACGACCACGACGACAACUGUAACGUUGCAUCAAUUUCAGCAAAUGCAAGCCCAAAAAGCCUUAUUAGCUGCCCAACAGCAGCAGCAGCAGCAACAGCAGCAAGCAUCAGCAGUUGCUGCUUCCACGGUAGCCUCAACGGUUACACAAGCAACUCCCACAGCGCCACCAGCAGCAGCUGCAGCAACGGUAACCACAGUAAACAAUGCACAUCUAACACCACCUGCCCCUACCACAGUAACAGUAACUGAAAAUAUUGUAUUGCAACAACCGAACACAACGGCACAUGUGGUAAGCGGUCCCAUCAAUGUGGCCGCAAAUACAACCACGCUAGCCACGGUUAACAACACAACAAAUGCAAUAUCAACCGCUGCAACCAAUAGUUUGGUAACAAACACCAACGCCAAUACAAACACAAUGGUGGUCACCCAAUCGUCCACAAUAGUAUCACCGGGAGGUUCUAGUGUAGUCCCAACCACCUUAGCGGCACAGCCUGUAGCAACGUCGGUGGCUCUGAAGUCCGGUCCAGAUGUUACAAUGACCUUGAACCGCAUCAACACGACAGAGCAUGAAGUUGAUGUCGAGGAAUGCCUGCCAGCCGAUGUUGUCAAAUUGGAUUUUGCUGGCGAAGAGGUGGCCGGGUGAAAUUUUACCCCGAAGCCUUCACUCCUUAGAGUGACACAUCGACGUUCGAUAAUAUCGCCGACCAUAAACACAGCAACAAGUUCGCUUCAGCAUUCAUCGGUAACACCAGCCCCCCAUCAGCGUCAGCUUAUAGAGAUAGAACCAGGACGUCAUUUAUCAUCAUCCCCCGCUAAUUUAGAAUUAGCAAAUGUUAUGCAGCAUAACGUUGUCACAGCAGAAGAAGAAGCUAAUUGUCAUAACCCCUCAGAUGUCAUCGAUGAAGAUUUUUACUUUUAAGUUCUCUAUGUAUGUUCAUCAAACCUCUGCAAACCCAGUGGUAUCGCGCUCGCCCCUUUCUCAUCUUUUCGAUACACUUCCCAAAUUGCUUCCCAUAUAUUUUUCCAAAAAAAAGAAGAAAAACAAAAACAAAAUAAAUUAUUCAAAAGAAAAGUAGUGUUUAUACAUAAUUUUCAAAACUUAAACUAACAAUUUUUUCUCUCUUAAAGUACCACCAUGUACUUUUGAGUAGACACGUUAACAAUCGCUAAAAAGUUAUGCGUUCAACAAUUACUUAUGAUUAUAUCAUUUCUUUUUAGAAUUUAUGUUUAAUUUAUAUAAUUAUUUACAAAAACUGAAUUGUAUUUUUUAGUUUAAACCACCCCUCCCCCCCAAUUACUAUCCCCAUUAUGUUAGAUUUUCCUUGGUAGUAAGUUGUCUCGAGUUGAGACCAGAACAACAACAAAAACAACAGAAAUCUAAAAAUCAUGUUUAAAUCUUAAUGAACAUAACAUAAACGUUAUAUAAGAAAAAUGAUAAUUAAAUAAUUUUAAAAACAACAAACAAAUAUUAAAACAAACAAAAAAAAAGAGUUUAUAAUCACGAAGAUAAAAUGUGUUUUAGGGUCUUUAAUUAGUGUAUAAAUGUACAAAAUAAUAAAAAAAAGAACAUAAUAAAAUUAUAUCACUGAAA